UAAGGCAGCGUUUGAAUCGGAGAGAGCGCUGACGUCAUGGCCCAUCUCUCCACACUCUGAGCAACAAAGUAGGAGAGAGAGGCUAUGAGAAUGGAGCGCGUGGAUCGACUGGAAUAACAACCUUUCUGAACUAUUUUGAAACUUCGAAAACUCAAUAAACAAUCAUGGAUAUGAGUAUUCUGGGUUUCUUGCUGUUGUAUUCACCCUUUCUAAGCGUCGGAGCCCAAUUCCCAGCCGCGCAAAUGGGACAUGCGGAGAAAGGCGGCUGCACCUUCGAUGACGGCCCUGCGCAGUGCGACUACCAGCAGGACCCUUACGAUGACUUCGACUGGACGCAUGUCAGCGCCCAGGAGGUCCCCUACCUGUCCCCCGAGCUCCCCCAAGGUUCCUACAUGAUGGUGGACUCAUCCCAGCAUGAUACUGGAGAGAAGGCUCGCCUCCAGCUGCCCAUCAUGAAGGAGAACGAUACCCACUGCAUCGACUUCAACUACCUGCUGUACAGCCAAGACGGCUCCAGUCCCGGCACGCUCAACAUCCUGGUCAAGGUCAACAAGGGCCCUCUGGCCAACCCCAUCUGGAACGUGACGAGCUACACGGGCAAAGAAUGGCUCCGGGCAGAGCUGGCCAUCAGCACCUUCUGGCCCAACGAGUAUCAGGUCAUAUUUGAGGCGGAGGUCUCGGAUGGCAAGACGGGCUUCAUUGCGAUUGAUGACAUCCAGGUUCUGAGCUAUCCAUGUGACCGGUCACCUCACUUCCUGCGUUUGGGCGACGUGGAGGUUAAUGCCGGCCAGAACGCCACGUUCCAGUGCAUUGCCACUGUCCGAGACGUGAAGAACAAGCUGUGGCUACAGAAAAGGAAUGGUGAUGACAUUCCCGUCGCAGAGACGAAGACCAUCAGCAAUCGCAGGUUCGCGGCGUCCUUCAGGCUGAAGGAAGUGACCAAUCAGGACCAGGAUCUGUAUCGCUGUGUGACCCAGUCGGAGAGAGGUUCUGGAGUGUCCAACUUCGCUGGACUCAUAGUCAGAGAGCCCCCAAGGCCCAUAGCGCCGCCUCAGUUGCUCGGCGUAGGGCCGACCUACCUUCUGAUCCAGCUCAAUGCCAACUCCAUCUUCGGCGACGGACCCAUCAUCCUGAAGGAGGUGGAGUACCGCAUGACGUCCGGGAGCUGGACGGAGACCCACGCCGUCAACUCGCCCAACUACAAACUUUGGCACCUGGACCCGGACACAGAGUACGAGAUCCGGGUCCUGCUCACCCGCCCCGGGGAAGGUGGCACCGGCAGACCUGGACCUGCCCUCGUCACCAGAACCAAGUGUGCCGAGCCAAUGCGGACGCCGAAGAGCUUGAAGAUCGCCGAGAUCCAGGCUCGGUUCAUUGCAGUGGACUGGGAGUCGCUGGGCUACAACAUCACCCGAUGCCACACCUUCAACGUGACAAUCUGCUACCACUACUACAACACCCACAACCAGACCAAGGCCGAAUGCCUGGACAUGGACCCCAAAGCGCCGCGGCACGUGGUGGCCAAUCUGCCGCCCAACACCAACGUCAGCCUCAAGAUGAUCCUCACCAACCCAGAGGGGCGCAAGGAGAGCGACGAGACCAUUAUACAGACCGAAGAGGAUGUGCCUGGCCCCGUGCCCAGUGAGUCCAUGAAAGCCACACCGUUCGAAGAUCGCAUCUUCUUGUACUGGAAGGAGCCACUGGAACCCAACGGAAUCAUCACGCAGUAUGAGAUCAGCUGCAGCGCCAUGCGCUCGUUCGACACGUCGGUGCUGAUGCGGCCGCCGCUCAUCGUGUCGCUGCCCUGGAACACCACCCACCACGUCUUCUCGCAGCUCCACCCUGGGACCACCUACCAGUUCAUCACCCGUGCCAGCACCGUCAAGGGCUUCGGACCACCAACCACCCUUAAUGUCACCACCAACAUCUCAGCUCCUACUCUGCAGGAGUACGACAGUUCCGAGGCCUUCCUGAAUGAGACGGCCACCACCAUCACCGUCCUCCUCAAGCCUGCGCAGGCCAAGGGUGCUCCUAUCAGUGCUUAUCAGAUCGUGGUGGAGGAGCUCAAUCCUCACCGUUCGCGGCGUGAGGCCAGCUCCACCGACUGCUACCAGGUGCCUGUCUCCUACCAAAGCGCCUCCAGCGGCGGACUACCGUACUACUUUGCCGCCGAGCUGCCACCCACCAAGCUGGUGGAACCCAUGGGUUUCACGGUUGGGGACAACAAGACCUACCGCGGCUUCUGGAACCCUCCGCUGGCGCCCAGGAAGAACUACAACAUCUACUUCCAGGCGGUCAGCAGCGUGGAGAAGGAAACCAAAACUCAGUGUCUGCGAUUGGCAACAAAAGGAGCCACGGAAGAGCCAGAGGUGAUCCCCGACCCGGCCAAGCAGACGGACCGGGUGGUGAAGAUCGCUGGCAUCAGUGCUGGGGUGCUGGUCUUCAUCCUGCUGGUCCUGGUGGCAAUUCUGCUGGUCAAGAAGAGGAGGAGCUACUAUUCUUAUUCAUACUAUCUGAAACUUGCCAAGAAGCGCAAAGACGCCAUCGGAAGCACGCGGCAGGAGAUGACCCACAUGGUCAAUGCCAUGGACCGGAGCUACGCUGACCAAAGCACCAUGCACGCCGAGGACCCCAUGUCGGUCACAUUCAUGGACUCGCACAACUUCAGCAACAGGUUGCCUAAUGACCCGCUCGUGCCAACUGCCGUGCUAGUGCCCAUAACUGAUGAGAACCAUACGGCGGCGGCUGCUGAGUCCAGCCGGCUGCUGGACGUGCCACGCUACCACUGCGAGGGCACCGAGUCGCCCUACCAGACGGGCCAGCUGCACCCGGCCAUUCGCGUGGCCGACCUGCUCCAGCACAUCAACCUGAUGAAGACCUCCGACAGCUACGGCUUCAAGGAGGAGUACGAGAGUUUUUUUGAGGGCCAGUCUGCUUCCUGGGACGUGGCAAAAAAAGAGCAAAACAGAACCAAGAAUCGCUAUGGAAACAUCAUCGCCUAUGAUCAUUCUAGAGUCAUUCUCCAGCCAAUGGAAGACGACCCCUCCUCCGACUACAUAAACGCCAACUACAUUGACGUAAGUGGCGAUGCCUCCUCCAUUGGCGAACGUGUGAGAAACAUCUCUCCUUCUCUCAUAUGGCUGUACAGGGAUGGUUAUCAGAGGCCAAGCCACUACAUUGCCACCCAAGGCCCUGUGCAUGAGACUGUGUAUGACUUCUGGAGGAUGAUCUGGCAAGAGCAGUCAGCUUGUAUCGUCAUGGUAACCAACCUGGUGGAGGUUGGACGGGUAAAAUGUUAUAAGUAUUGGCCAGAUGACGCGGAGGUGUAUGGUGAUUUCAAAGUGACGUUUGUCGAAGUGGAGCCACUGGCAGAAUACGUCGUCAGGACUUUCACCUUGGAGAGGAGAGGCUUCAACGAGGUGCGGGAGGUGAAGCAGUUCCACUUCACCGGCUGGCCCGAUCACGGAGUGCCGUACCACGCAACCGGUCUGCUGUCCUUCAUCCGCCGGGUCAAGAUGUCCAACCCGCCUGGUGCAGGGCCCAUUGUGGUGCAUUGCAGUGCUGGAGCAGGAAGGACGGGUUGUUACAUAGUGAUUGACAUCAUGCUGGACAUGGCGGAAAGGGAGGGGGUGGUGGACAUCUACAACUGUGUCAAGGCGCUGCGCUCUCGUCGCAUCAACAUGGUCCAGACAGAGGAGCAGUACAUCUUCAUCCAUGACGCCAUCUUGGAGGCCUGUCUCUGUGGAGACACUGCCAUCCCGGCCUGCGAAUAUAAAGCUGCCUACUACGACAUGAUCAGGAUAGACUCCCAGAGCAACUCCUCACACCUCAAAGAUGAAUUCCAGACCCUGAACUCUGUGACGCCACAGCCACAGCCCGAAGACUGCAGCAUCGCCCUGUUGCCACGCAACCACGAGAAAAACCGCUUCAUGGAUAUGCUGCCGCCCGACCGUUGCCUGCCUUUCCUCAUCACCAUUGACGGGGAGAGCAGCAACUACAUAAACGCCGCCCUCAUGGAUCUGUCAGAAGAAUACCAGAGCUACAGACAGCCGGCUGCCUUCAUCGUGACUCAGCACCCUUUGCCCAACACAGUGAAAGACUUCUGGAGGCUUGUCUACGACUACGGUUGCACGUCGAUAGUCAUGCUGAAUGAGAUUGACCUGGCACAGGGUUGCCCACAGUAUUGGCCAGAGGAAGGUAUGCUUCGGUAUGGCCCUGUUCAAGUUGAAUGUAUGUCCUGCUCCAUGGAUUGUGAUGUCAUCAGUCGUCUUUUCAGAAUAUGUAACCUGACCAGACCUCAGGAGGGUUACCUGAUGGUGAGGCAGUUUCAGUAUUUGGGCUGGGCAGCGCACAGGGAGGUUCCGGCAUCCAAGCGCUCCUUCCUCAAGCUCAUCCUCCAGGUGGACAAGUGGCAGGACGAGUGCGAGGAGGGCGAGGGACGCACCGUGGUACACUGCCUGAAUGGUGGAGGACGCAGUGGAAUGUUCUGUGCCAUCAGCAUUGUGUGCGAGAUGAUCAAGAGGCAGAAUGUGGUGGAUGUGUUCCACGCCGUCAAAACGCUGAGGAACAGCAAGCCCAACAUGGUGGACAGCCCAGAACAGUAUCGCUUCUGUUAUGACCUUGCUUUGGAGUACAUUGAGACGUCGUAAGGAGGACCAGGGCGAGAAGUAUAUUGCUGUGCAGCGUUCCCAUUUGAAGACCCAUUCUUGGGGCCACCACUUUGCUCUCUUUUUGUUUUUUUAACGAGGCUGUUAGCUCAUUUUGUUUUUUUUAAGACAUAAACGUUCUCUAUGUGUACUGGGCGUAUGAUGUGCGUGGCUUGUAAAUGUCUCAAUUGUAUUAUACCGUGUUGAGUGCCACAGAAUCAAGUGCUGGCCACAAGGCCUUGUUUGCUUCAUGUCUUUUAUUUUUUUGCAUUUUAAGGGUUUAAUUGUUGUUUUGUUUUAAUUUUUUUUUGUGUGUUUUUAAAGAAAAAAUAAAUUGUGCAGCCAUUGUAAAAUGGUAAUUCUAAUGCCAGUCAGUGUAUUGCAUGCUAAAAUGUUUUCUUCUAUAUUGCCAUUAUUGUCCAUGAACAAUAUAUAAUGAUAUCUAUCUAUAUCUAUAUUUAUAUCUAUGAUAUAAAUCCAUCACAAAUGUGAAAGAAAAAAAAUGCUUUUUAUGGAUAAAUACAGUGCAAGUGCUAACGUGUAACAUUGGCUUGGUAUCGUCCGUAUUGUGCACUGAUGGCUGACCUUGUUUUUAUUUUUGUUUUGUAGCAGAUAUUAAUCAUAAGCCAAAGACUUAUGUACAUAUGUCUAUAUGGAUAAGCACAUUGUUUGUAUUUAUUGAUUUAUUGUUGUUUACUUUGCAUUCCUUUUUGAAGGCUAAAAACAAUCGUUGUCAUUCCCUGUUUACUCUGAAUUCAAAAUGUACACAUUAAUUGUAACUUUUUGUUUUUAAAGUUGUUUUUUUUUAUUGCUUUGGUUUUGGUUAUAGAAUGUUUUUUUUUAGUUCAUGUUUUAUCCUUCACCGUGAUGUUACAGUGGUCAGGUCAUGUAAAUGAUUGUGAAUUCUACCCACUCAACAUAGGUUACCAUAAGGUCAAGAAGAGACCUAAGAGUUCUAUUUUUUCUGAUGUUUUCACAACUGUAUUAGGAAGUUUUUGAGAGAAACACAGAGAAAUUGAGUGUACAGUAUUAGGCAUGGCAUAUUAGGACUAAAGCCAAUGAAAGUAAUGCACAGCCAGCUAUGUUGGCAUCAGAACUGAAUGCACAGUUGAAAAGUAAAGAAAACAAUUCAUUAUGUGAAUGUUUAAAUCAUGUCUCAUCUUUCCAUCUGUAGUAGUUGGCUUACUGGCUGUAACUCUAAAAUAGUAAAAAAAAAGUCUUUGAAUAAAAAAAAUUAAAUAUGUACUGAAAA